GAGCUCCUGGAGUGAGAGAGGAUAAAUCCACUGUGUGUUUUCGUGCAGCUUUUCGCAGUUACAGUGGCGUCUGUGUUGAGUUGGAGGGUGUGGAGGUGGAGUUGCAGAGACGAGGGGGAGACAGCAGCCGCAGUCGACACCCGAUCCCCUGACCCAGCUGAGUCCAGACCACUUUCCCCUCGGCUUCCCUCCUUCCAUCUGUUAGUGUAUUGCUGUCGUGCUGCACUUCUGCUCUGCCUGAUGUACAAGGAAUCAACAAGGUAAUACUGAAAUCAUGUAAUAAAUAAUAAACAAAUGCAAUGUUGUAAACAUUAUAAACAAAUUCAUCUUACAAUGGAGUCAACUGCAUUUGAUGGUUUUGUUGAUGUACUUCUGGUGUGCUGGGAUCAGAAAGGCCCCAUGUUUGCUCAAGUGAGGCCUCCUGUUGGUAAAAGUGAUUAAUUCAAGUCUUUUUAAAAUGUUUUUCUAAAAUUAAAAUUACAUCCAACAUUUAGCACCACAUUUUAAAUCAUUUUUUAUAUUUUACAACACUACGAAUAUCCUUCAAACCUACUCUCAUGGUGUUGUUUUGUACCCUUUCCCUCAGUUUCAUAAGGCUGGUGUAAAGAGUCAUGUUCUCCUGCUCCAAAAUCUUUACACGGAUGUUAUUAGCCUGUAAUUGUCGCUCCAUAUCUAAAAGCACGUUUCCUGUACCUUGAAAACACAAAAUAAGCAACAAUGUAACACUCUACCACAACUACAGCACUCAAAAAUACAGUCACUCUUUAUCUUUCUAAGUGCUGCGUGCAUUCCUGUGUAUAUAACUGGUGCUCUAUAGGGGAGUGCAAGCAGUGCAGAGGGAGUAUGAAUGCAGAUGCAUUCAGGUUACAUCAGUCAGUGGUGGUGGAUCUAUGCAAGAAAAUCAUAUCUUAUUGACAAAUAUCAAAAAAUCUCUCACUCUGGGGAUGGCUCCGAGCCAGAGGGCUGAGCUCGGGGAAAGCCACCAACAAUCUCUCCCUCUCCUUUAAAACUCGCACAUACUCCUCCAUCUCAACCACACUCUUCUGCAGCUCGCCUACUUGUUUUUCUAGUGGUUGCUUCUUCUUUUGCAGCUCUAAAAACAAGAGCUGUUGGAGAAAAGUAUCACAGCAUCAGCUUCUGAAGUUGAAAGUCUUCACUGUAAUGUGCUUGGUGCUAUACUUAAAGUACAUUGGGUGUUAAACAUCUCCAGCAUACCUGCUGUUGAGUGAGCUGAGCCUGCACUUGCUCCUUCUCCUCUGACAGCUGUUGCAGCUGAUUGUGUAGACUGAUUUGUCUCUGCUCUCUUUCCCCCAACUGGCUCUGCAGCUCCUCACACUCUUCAUCCAGGGCAUCAACUCUCUUUAACAAAGAUGUCUGCUUUGCCUGCAUUGACUGUAAAACAACAACAACAAAAAAGACCUGCAUAAAUCUCUCUGAAUUGUGUUUCUUUUGACAGUCAUGGUGUUGUGCUGAAAACAACUGAUAAAACUGCAUUCGUCUUGAUACCCACCUCUUGCUGGCGACAAGCGCUGUGGUACUUUGCGUUCUCUUUGUCAAGUUGGAGUUGAGUUCCCUUGAAUUGACCCUCUAACUGCUGGACCCUGUGCUGGAGUGUACAACAGAUCUCUUUCUCCAGUUGUAAGCCGCUGACUUUCUCCUGCAGCAUAGUCUUUUCAUAUUCUGUCACAGAAUAAAAUGAGCUAUUAUGCAGUAGAUCAGAGUAUUUUAAGUGUGUAACUGAAAGAAAAACAACGAUAUUGUAUUCCAUACCUCUGCUAAAAUGUGAAUAUCAUAAAAAAAGCUGCAUGUCCUCACCAAGUGCUUGUAUUGUGUCUUUCUGUUCAGUUUCUUUCUCUCUCAGGCUGGAAUUAACAUCCUUCAAGCAAAGAGUUUCUGUAGAAAAAAGAUCAAAAACUGUAGUAAAUGAUUCAUAAAUAUUUCCAAUUGUAUUAAUUUAUUAAUGUGGGCACCUUUCUUUAGUUGUCCUUGCUCCUGUUGCAGCCUCUGCUCUGUUUCUUUCAUGGAUCUUUGUGCUUUCCGAAGUGAAAACUCCAGCUGAACUAUGUUUGCUUGGUGUUUUUCAAUCUCUUGCUUGAACUCUUUCUGUGCUCUGCCUAACUGAGACCUGAAUUUGUCCCUCUCUGUUUCUGCUGCAGCCAGUUUAUCUGUAAGAGGCUGCACUGUACCCCGCACAUCCUGGAGAUGUUUUGCCAGCCGGCGCAUGUCCCUGAGCUGCUCAUUGGCCCACUGGGUUACAUCUGCUGCUGUCAUCUGACCUGGCUCAAGUGUGUCUUCCACAGCUACCAGGAGGGGCUGCAGAGAGGAGGGCAGACCCUCACUCUGAAACAAAUCUACAAAUGCAUGUCCUGUUUUUCUUAAAAUGGAUUGCAUUUGAUGACAUGCAUCGCAGGAAACGAGGGAUGAUUCAACUGUCUGACGGCUUACAUUGUGGCUGUCAACUUCAGGACAGAGUGAGGUGUUGCAGGUAGGAUUGGAGGGUACAUGGUUAAAGGUGCUUGGUGAAGACCCAGCAGACAAACGUUGUCUGCAAAGGUCAUUCUUUGAGCAGGAAAUAGGAGAAACAGUCUCUGUCUCAUCACUGCCAAAUAUCUGUUGGACUUUGGUCUGUUUUUUGAUGUCUUUGUAGGUGUCCUAAAAACAAAAGGAAGCAUAAGAAACAAUGAGACAGCUUUUGAUUAGUCUUUUGGAACUUCAAAUUUCAUAUUUCACCUAACAUAAAAUAAAUAUUGUUCCUACCAUUAGUUUGGCAAAUUCACUCAAAGUACUCCAACAGUUUCUGACCACAAGCCCAACUGACUGGCAUCCAUUUGUGUGUUCUCUCAUAUGGCCGCACCUCAUCAGCUCAACAAAAGCAUCAAAGCUUUGCAGAAGAAGCAGUAGUCUUGUUCAAGAAGAGGAGAGAUAAGAGCACUGUUAUAGUUUUGAUGGUACACUACCAGUCAAAAGUUUGAAAACACCUUCUCAUUCAAGGUUUUUUUAUUUAUUUUAAUUAUUUGAAACACUGUAGAUUAAUACUGAAGUCAUCAAAACUAUGAAAGAACAUAUAUGGAAUUAUUUAAUUAACAAAAAACUGUUAAACAGAGCAAAUUAUGUUUUAUAUUUUAGAUUCUGUAAAGUAACCCCUGUUUUUCUUCAUGAUAGCUUUGCACACUCUUGGUAUUCUCUCAGUCUGCUUCAUGAAGUGGUCUCCUGGAAUGGUUUCUAAUUAACAUGAGCCUUGUCAAGAGUUCAUUUGUAGAAUGACUUGCCUUCUUAAUGUGUUUGAGACCAUCAGUUGUGUUGUUCAGAGGUAGGGUUAGUACACAAUGGAUAGCCCAAUUUGACUACUGAUGUAAUCCAUAUUAUGGCAAACCCAGAUUAUUUCAUAGUUUUGAUGUCUUCAGUAUUAAACUACAAUGUUGAAAAUAAUUAAAAUAAAUAAAAAGCAUUAUAUGAGAAGGUGUGUCCAAACUUUUGACUGGUUUCAUAUGAUAAAAUGUUAGGCUAUGUAUUUACCUGUCAAUGACAAGCUCCAGUAACACAAUGUGUGAGUGUUGACUGAAUGCCUCAUCCCCAUCCGUGAAGUCAUACUGCUCCAGCAAAGCCACCAUGUCCAGGUUACAGGAGAGUUUAUCAGGGAACUUCCAGGAGGAAAAUCGGACCGGUCCUGUUCUGGAAAAGACAUCCAGGGUCGCACCUUGGAGGUCUACGAGAUCUCUCCGGAGGCUAUCAAUACAGUCCUGACCACCCAAAAACUGACUCAUGUCUGAACCGUUUCCUUAUUUCUCUUCUUCAGACACCAAAUAAAGCUUGUUGACAGGGCGCCUCCUUGGUAACCGAAAAAAAGAGUACUGCAAGUUCCAUGAUGCAUUGCGGCUUGUUUCCGGAAGUAAUAAUCCUCCAUUGGGUCAACGAAACCACGACGCAGAACAUCCUGAUUUCACAGAGAGAAGACAGCCAUGCCGCCCGGGCCUGUUCAGAUCGUUCAGCAGGAGCCGAACAACAAGAAUGAUGCUCCAGUAGAAGAAACUCCAGCCACUAAACCGAUUGUUGGCAUCAUAUAUCCACCUCCUGAGGUCCGAAAUAUUGUCGACAAGACAGCCAGCUUUGUUGCCAGAAAUGGGCCUGAGUUUGAAGCAAGGAUCCGUCAAAAUGAGAUCAACAAUCCAAAAUUUAAUUUCCUCAACCCCAAUGACCCCUACCAUGCUUACUACCGUCACAAAGUCAAUGAAUUCAAGGAGGGCAAAGGACAAGAACCAUCUGCAGCAGUGCCCAAAGUUAUGCAGCAGGCCAUGCAACAGUCCCAGCAGCUUCCUCAAAAAGUGCAAUCACAGGUGAUUCAAGAGGCCAUUGUUCCCAAAGAACCACCUCCAGAGUUUGAAUUCAUUGCUGAUCCUCCAUCAAUCUCAGCAUUUGAUCUUGAUGUUGUGAAGCUUACUGCCCAGUUUGUGGCUCGCAAUGGACGCCAGUUUCUCACUCAGCUCAUGCAGAAGGAACAGAGGAACUACCAAUUUGACUUUCUGCGGCCACAGCACAGCCUCUUCAACUACUUCACCAAACUGGUUGAGCAGUACACCAAGAUUCUGAUCCCUCCCAAAGGUCUUCUGAACAAGCUCAAAAGAGAGGCGGAGAAUCCAAGAGAGGUUAUGGACCAGGUGAGGUACCGUGUCGAGUGGGCAAAGUUCCAGGAGCGUGAGCGAAAGAAGGAGGAGGAGGAAAGAGAAAAAGAACGAGUGGCCUAUGCUCAAAUUGACUGGCACGACUUUGUAGUGGUUGAGACGGUGGACUUCCAGCCCAAUGAGCAAGGCCACUUCCCCCCACCCACCACACCUGAGGAGCUUGGUGCUCGCAUUCUGAUCCAGGAGCGCUAUGAGAAGUAUGGAGAGAGUGAGGAGGUGGAGAUGGAGGUUGAGAGUGAGGAUGAGGAUGAUGAAAGGGAGCGUCGUAAUGACGGCCAUCCUUCCCAGCCGGAUCAAGACACACAAGUGCAGGACAUGGAUGAGGGAUCUGAUGAUGACGAUGAUGGUAUGAAGGCUCCUCUGCCUCCAGACAAUCCAAUGCCGCCCCCACUGCCCCCAACACCAGACCAGGUUAUCAUUCGCAAAGACUAUGACCCCAAAGCCUCCAAACCUCAGCCCUCAAGCUCAACUCCAGACGAGUACCUCAUCUCUCCAAUCACUGGUGAGAAGAUUCCUGCCAGUAAGAUGCAAGAGCACAUGCGCAUUGGUCUGCUGGAUCCACGCUGGCUGGAGCAAAGAGACCGCAGUAUCAGGGAGCGGCAAACUGAAGAUGAAGUCUACGCCCCUGGUUUGGAUAUUGAGAGCAGCUUGAAACAGCUGGCUGAGAGGCGUACUGAUAUCUUUGGUGUGGAAGAGACGGCCAUCGGUAAGAAGAUUGGUGAAGAAGAGAUUCAGAAGCCAGAAGAGAAAGUUACUUGGGAUGGCCACUCUGGGAGUAUGGCUCGCACCCAGCAGGCUGCUCAGGCCAACAUCACUCUGCAAGAGCAGAUCGAAGCCAUUCACAAGGCCAAAGGACUGGUGGGAGAGGAUGAUACCAAGGAGAAAAUUGGGCCUAGCAAGCCCAGUGAUAUUCAUCAUCAGCCUCCCAUGCCCCCUGCAUCAAUGUUACCCAAACCGAAUCCUCCAAUGUCAUCAAUGCCACGCCCACCCUCUAUGAACCCAGUGCGCACAACUCUCCUGUCUGCUGUACCGGUGCUUCCAAGACCACCUGUGUCUUCUGUAGUACGUCUUGGACCAGGACAAGUUAUAGCACAGAUGCCUCCCAUGAUUCCUGGUCCCCGCAUCAAUGUGGUCUCCAUGCCUCCCUCAGCAUCUCACAUUAUGGCCCCCAGACCUCCACCCAUGGUUGUCCCAACUGCAUUCGUCCCUGCUCCUCCAGUGCCACAGCCUCCGAAUGUUCCUGCACCACCAUCCCACCCACCCCCACCUCAUGACGAUGAGCCAGUCAACAAGAAAAUGAAGACAGAAGACAACCUUAUGCCAGAGGAGGAGUUCCUCCGUAGAAAUAAGGGUCCUGUUGCAGUUAAAGUACAAGUCCCGAAUAUGCAGGACAAGACUGAAUGGAAGCUGAAUGGCCAAGUGCUAAAUUUCACUGUCCCACUCACAGAUCAGGUGUCUGUUAUUAAAGUAAAAAUCCAUGAAGCUACAGGCAUGCCAGCAGGAAAACAGAAGUUGCAGUAUGAGGGCAUUUUCAUUAAGGAUUCUAAUUCCCUGGCUUAUUACAACAUGAACAACGGAUCCAUCAUUCACCUGGCACUGAAGGAGAGAGGUGGAAGAAAGAAGUGAGCCAUGCAAGAAGAAAGAAAUUACUUUUGGAUGUUUUGUCGCCCUCCCCUGUCAAGUUUAUUUAGGUUAAUUACAUUUUUCAGAAUUAUAUUCUGCUUUUUGUGAACUUUUGUGUGAAGAGCAUCGUUUUCUUCAAUGUCUCUAAAAUGCUCAAUGACUUAUACUAUAUGUCCAUACAGCAGGCAUGUCUUUACACUAUUUCUUUUGCCCUUGAUUUGUUCAUGAUAUUAUUAGGUAACAUGUAGAGCCCAGAAAUGUUCAUCCAUUUAAAUAAAGGAACAAAAAAAAUCCAA